UCCCUUUUAUACCUUGGAAAAUCAUCAAAACCCUCCCUCCCGUCUUCUUCUUCCAGCUAGCCGCAUCUCCCUUACUCCUUCGCCAGUUCGCUCUCCGCCUCUCCGAAAGCGAAGUGAAAAUAUGGCGUAUCAAGCGGUGAAGCCGGCAAAGGCUGGGCUGGAGGAGCCCCAGGAACAGAUUCACAAGAUCAGGAUCACUCUCUCUUCCAAAAACGUUAAGAAUCUCGAGAAAGUUUGUGCUGACUUGGUCCGCGGUGCCAAGGACAAGAGACUCAGGGUCAAGGGACCGGUUAGGAUGCCUACCAAGGUUCUUCAUAUUACUACUAGAAAGUCUCCCUGUGGAGAAGGUACCAACACGUGGGACAGGUUCGAGCUUCGGGUCCACAAGCGUGUGAUUGACCUAUUUAGCUCUCCCGAAGUGGUGAAGCAGAUCACUUCAAUUACAAUUGAGCCUGGGGUGGAGGUCGAGGUUACCAUUGCUGAUUCUUGAACUAAAUCACUUGCGGGGUUGUGUUUUUGAAGUUAUUAUCCAUUUAAAUAUUGUUGACAGGAUAGAGAUUGAUCAGCUUCCAAGUUAUAUUUUUGAAGUUAACUAGUACUCAGUAUGUGACAAUAGUUUUGUUAUUAAUCUUAUUUGAGUUUGAAUUUUUUUUCUUUUA